AAGGAAGAGGAAGCAGGUGAUUGAGAGUGGUACGCAGACGGCCGAGGAGGAGCCUGCGCCGAGUCGAAAGAAGGAGACCAAGACGGUUAAAUCGAAAGAGAUGAAGGCCAAGACGGGUAAAUUGAAGGAGGUGAAGACCAAGACAGCUAAACCAAAAGAGAUGAAGUCAAAGGUGCAGCCGACGCAAAAUCAGAAGACGAAGUCAGUCGUACCGAAGAGGAUUACGCCUGUUAGUUUACCGUCGACUCAGCCUAAAGGUGACGACUCCGUUUCCGAGGAGAACCAGAAUGAGCUUGGAGGAUAUGACAGCCCUCCGCCAGAGCUACCGGACGACGGACUUCUUGGCAUAUUGUCGAAUCAUAAAGAUAGCGACUCUGAUGAGGCUGACGACCAGCCGUCUAUGGUGAGUUUAAUUCUACCAGUCGCUCAAGAAUCUCCCAAGCGAGUGCAGAAGUCGCCGGUGAAGAAGAAGACACCGACGCCACAAAAACGUUUCGCGAAGAGGAAGGGAGGCCCACCGCUAGAUUUUAACUUCUCUAACGCGGAAGCGAGGCGACAGGCUAAAAUUGCCGAGGCUGCAGGUGAAGCCGAGCAAGAGGAGAGCGACGAAGCAGAUGCUGAGCCCGAGCCAAUGCCGACGCCGAUACCAAAGAAGCGUCUUAGACGUCGAAAGGACUUGAAAGCUGCCCCAUCGGCAGUAAAUACCGCGAUGGCAACGAAACCCCAGAUGAAGACUGUCAACGCAUCUGGAGAAGAGGCCUCGCUAACGAAGAAGAAGGUAAAUGGAAAAAGUGAGACCAUGUCAAUUAAGCAACGAUUAGCGAAUGCUGAGCUGCUUGCCCGAAUGAACAAGAUGCAAGAUGUGAGCACUCCAAAAGUGCUGGGAAAGAAGACCAAAAAGGGCCAGAAAGAAGAAGCAGCGAAGACGUUGGCGGUGAAACGAGCUGAAUUCCGGAAGGUGCUAGCGAGUGAUACAGCAGAGCUAGACGUCCCACGACGCGACCAAAUGAUCGAUGAAGACUUGAACAUCAGCUUGAACAGCAGUGGACUCAUCAGCGACAAUGAUUCACCCGAGAAUUUACGUGCCAUCACGCGAAAACGACCAAGGGGGGCGGUAGAAGGAGACGUGACGCCCACCAAGAAGCUGCAGUUUCUAGAGAUCACAAAGCGUUUGGCUAAGUCACCGAUGCCGCGCUAUCUGCGGACUCCAACCCCUUUAAUGUCCCCAGUGGUCGCAUCGGGUCUCACCAAGCCAAGAGCUGCGUCACCUGGACCCCGAAGCUCAACUCUCCGCAACACUACUGCCGCUAGCACGCGCCGACUGAAUUCAGCUCCGAUUCGAUCAAAGAACCCCACCAACGCAAACCGGUUUGGAGGGGGUGUAAAUGCAGCAGUAACUAGCGGUAGUUUCUCCAUGUUCGACGCUUUCGUGAACAGUGGCAGUAAUGGAUCAAUUCCAAGACUGAAAACGAAGACUCGAAGCGGAUCACCGUCCGUAUAGGAUAGAUGGCGAAGAUGUUCACAGUGUAAGAUACUACUGGUAACCAAGGCGUGAUUUAGCCAAAUAAACAAGCGGGCUGACAAUAUUGAACGGC